AUCAAAAACGUUUGCCGAUGCUCUCAGCGUGUGUCCCCGGGCCGAGACCACCCGGUGCUUGGCCCGGGGUUUCCAGAGGGACCCGGGGAAGGGGGCGAGCCGGGUGCUGGUGAGAAGAAUUGGCCCUGGCGGCCCCCUCCUCGGUCCCAGGACGUGAGCUGGCGGGGCCGGGGCCUGCAGACAGCCGGGAGGAGAUGCGCUAGCUGAGCGGCAGGCCUGGGGCCAGGGCUGGGCGGACAACGCCGAGGGGUGGGUGGCCCCGGACGCGGGACGCGGCCGCAGGGGCGGGGGAGACGUCCCCCGUGGGCGAAGAGCAAAUUGGGCAAGCGGUGGACGCAGCUCUGCGCAUGUGCAGGAGGAGCCAGAGUUUCACUUUGUAACUUUUAAGUGGUCGGGACGCCGCCCCGCCCGGCCAGGUGGAGCCAGACAACUUCCCCGGGCCGCGCCGGGCCGCCGCGCCGCCGCCGCAGAUUCAGGGAAGUCUGGUGCCCCAUGAUCCUAAUCAGGAAAGCUCGGCAGGAAAUGAGUGGUGGACCUGAGGCAGCUCGGGAGGUGGCCGGGGCUGCCACUGCCUUUGCCAGAGCCAGUGCCAACUGAGGACCUCUCCAAGGGACUCAUCCUCCAUCCUUCCUUCUCCUGGCAUCUGAAUCUGCCCGGCAUGCAGGGUCCAGUGCCUGCCUCUCCUCGAUCCCUGUGCCCCACCAGCCCCUGGAGGAGACACCCAGGAGGCCUUUGGCUCUGCCAGUGCUGGCUGGGGGACCACAGGAGAGUUGGAGCCCUGACCUUCUGCCCGGUCCCGUUCUCCAGGGAGGACAGGCACGAUGACCAACUCCCCGUUCCUGGAGCUGUGGCAAUCCAGGGAGGUGUCCAUCCGUGAGCAGCUGGGCAUUGGGGACCAGCCCAAUGACUCCUACUGCUACAACUCAGCCAAAAACAGCACCGUGCUCCAGGGGGUCACCUUCGGUGGCAUCCCCACCGUCCUGCUCAUAGACGUCAGCUUCUUCCUGUUUUUAAUAUUGGUGUUUUCCAUCAUAAGAAGAAGAUUCUGGGAUUAUGGCCGCAUUGCCCUGGUGUCAGAAGCAGGCAGUGAGUCCAGAUUCCAAAGGUUGUCGUCCUCCUCUUCAGGGCAGCAGGACUUUGAAAGCGAGCUGGGAUGCUGCCCCUGGCUGACUGCAAUCUUCCGCCUGCAUGAUGACCACAUCCUGGAGUGGUGUGGGGAGGACGCCAUCCACUACCUGUCCUUCCAGAGGCAUAUCAUCUUCCUGCUGACGGUGGUCAGCCUCUUGUCACUGUGUGUCAUCCUGCCUGUCAACCUCUCGGGGAACUUGCUGGAUAAAGACCCUUACAGUUUUGGGAGGACGACAAUCGCGAACCUACAGACUGACAAUGACCUCCUUUGGCUGCACACCAUCUUCGCCAUCAUUUACCUCAUCCUCACUGUAGUCUUCAUGCGGCACCACACCCAGUCCAUCAAGUACAAAGAGGAGAGCCUGGUGAGGCGGACCCUGUUCAUCACAGGACUCCCCAGAAAUGCCAAGAAGGAGACGGUAGAGAGCCACUUCCGGGAUGCAUAUCCCACGUGUGAAGUGGUGGAGGUCCAGCUGUGCUACAACGUGGCCAAGCUGAUUUACCUGUGCCAGGAGAGAAAAAAGACUGAGAAAAGCCUGACCUAUUACACAAACCUGCAGGUGAAGACAGGCCAGCGGACCCUCAUCAACCCCAAGCCCUGUGGCCAGUACUGCUGCUGCGAAGUACAGGGGUGUGAGUGGGAGGACGCCAUCUCCUACUACACGUGCAUGAAGGACAGGCUGAUGGAGAGGAUCACAGAAGAGGAAUGCAGGGUCCAGGACCAGCCCCUGGGAAUGGCCUUCGUCACCUUCCAGGAGAAGUCCAUGGCCACCUACAUCCUGAAAGACUUCAAUGCCUGGAAGUGUCAGGGCCUUCAUUGCAAAGGUGAGCCGCAGCCGUCCUCCCACAGCAGAGAGCUCUGCAUCUCCAAGUGGACUGUCACCUUCGCCGCUUACCCCGAGGACAUCUGCUGGAAGAACCUCUCUAUCCAGGGCCUCCGCUGGUGGUUCCAGUGGCUGGGCAUCAACUUCACUCUCUCCGUGGGGCUGUUUUUCCUGACCACACCCUCCAUCAUCCUGUCCACCAUGGACAAGUUCAAUGUCACCAAACCUAUCCACGCGCUGAAUGACCCCAUCAUCAGCCAGUUCUUCCCAACCCUCCUCCUGUGGUCCUUCUCGGCCCUGCUCCCCACCAUCGUCUACUACUCUACGCUGCUGGAGUCUCACUGGACCAAGUCAGGGGAAAAUCGGAUCAUGAUGACCAAAGUCUACAUAUUCUUGAUCUUCAUGGUGCUGAUUCUGCCCUCCCUCGGCCUCACCAGUCUGGAUUUUUUCUUCCGGUGGCUCUUUGAUAAAACUUUUUCGGAGGCCUCUAUCAGGUUGGAGUGCGUCUUCCUGCCUGACCAGGGGGCCUUCUUUGUGAACUACGUCAUUGCCUCGGCCUUCAUCGGCAACGGCAUGGAGCUGCUGCGGCUGCCCGGCCUCAUCCUCUACACCUUCCGCAUGAUCAUGGCCAAGACCGCGGCCGACCGCAGGAACGUCAAGCAGAACCAGGCUUUCGAGUACGAGUUCGGAGCCAUGUACGCGUGGAUGCUGUGUAUCUUCACUGUCAUCAUGGCCUACAGCAUCACCUGCCCCAUCAUCGUGCCAUUCGGCCUCAUCUACAUCCUGCUCAAGCACAUGGUGGACCGGCACAACCUCUACUUCGUCUACCUCCCGGCCAAGUUGGAGAAGAGGAUCCACUUUGCGGCUGUGAACCAGGCCUUGGCUGCUCCCAUCCUGUGCCUCUUCUGGCUCUACUUCUUCUCCUUCCUGCGCUUGGGUCUGAAGGCUCCCCUCACCCUGUUCACUUUCCUGGUGGUGCUGUUGACCAUCCUGGUCUGCCUGGCCUACACCUGCUUUGGAUGCUUCAAGCACCUCAGCCCUCUGAACUACAAGACAGAAGAGUCGGCGAGUGACAAAGGAAGUGAGGCAGCAGCCCACAUGCCUCCACCAUUCACACCCUACGUGCCCCGGAUUCUGAACAGCUUGUCCUCAGAGAGAACAGCCCUGUCCCCGCAGCAGCAGCAGACCUACGGUGCCAUCCACAACAUCAGUGGGACUGUCCCAGGGAAGAACGCGGUUCAGAGUCCUGCGGACAGCGUGGCGGGCGCCCACCAGGAAGCCUGAGGGCAGGGGGGCUGCCAGGCUGGGCCGGGCUCCGGGACUCGGGAGGUGAGGAGACACAGGUGGAGAAGCGGCUUGACUCUGACCUCCAACCAAAUUCAGGACUUCUUUCCACCUGUUUUAAGCACAACAGCUCUAAAAAUGAUGGACACAGAAAGGGGGCUCCGGCCCUUGGCUGAGGGGAAAAGGGUGGGCCUGCCAUCGGGCGGUGGCCUUCUGUAGUCCCAGCAGCUCUGCGUUCUUACUGGCCCCCCCGAGGGUCUGGAAAUGUCCAACUCCCUG